UUGAUUCGCGUUCGUUCACGAGAAGGUACCUUUCGCAUCGACGUUGAACCAGACGACAAGCUUUCAGUUCUCGGAACAAAGAUCGCAAAACAAUUAAACCUUCCCGAUUACUCUUCCAUUUAUAUUUCAGACAACCCCCAAAAUGUUCAAAUUAGAAUAAAGGAUAAUUUAGAACAUGCUAUUAGCGAACUUGGAGUCAGUCAUGGUGCUCUUAUUUACGCCACAUUUGAAGAGACUUCGGAUAUUCAGGAUGACAAAAUGGUAACGGACAAUUCUUCAGCGCAAAUUAACGUCAAACAAGAUCCAGUCGAUGAUUUUCUAGAGAAACAGGAUGGAUUAAUAAAACGUGAGAGAGAUCCGAAAUUUUGUAAACACGCUGCAAAGGGAAUGUGCGAUUAUUGCAUGCCUUUAGAGCCUUAUGAUGUCAACUAUCUCGCGGAAAAUAAAAUAAAACAUACAUCUUUUCAUGCUUACUUGCGUAAGAUUAAUAAGCAAAAUAAGCAAAACACCAAAUUUAUUCCGCCAUUAGAAGAACCUGAUUUUCGCGUAAAAACAAAUUGCUCUGGUGGUCAUGCGCCAUGGCCAGAAGGCAUCUGCACAAAGUGUCAACCGGGUGCUGUGACCUUACAACUUCAACAAUAUCGUAUGGUAGAUCAUGUGGAAUUUUCUGUGUCCAGUUUGAUUAACAAUUUUAUUCAUUUUUGGCGAUCGACUGGCACCCAACGUUUUGGUUAUUUAUAUGGGCGAUACGAGCCAUACCCAGAUGUUCCGUUAGGCGUCAAGGCGGUGGUCGAGGCCAUAUAUGAACCUCCACAAGAGGAUGAAACAGAUGGGAUAACACUUACCCUUCCAUGGAACGAAGAACAAAUGGUUGAUGAGGUCGCUGCUAGUUGUGGAUUAAUCAAGGUUGGAAUGAUUUAUACCGAUCUAACUGACGACGGAACAGGUUUAGGAAAAGUAAUAUGCAAGAGGCAUAUCGAUUCGUAUUUUCUCUCUUCCCAGGAGUGUUGUUUUUCCGCAGCCAUGCAAAACAAAAAUCAAACGACAUCCAAGUGGAGUGCCUCAGGCAAAUUUGAUAGUAGGUUUGUUACUUGUGUGGUGACUGGUAACGAGGACGGGGACAUUGAUGUUGCGGCAUAUCAAGUCUCAAACACGUGUAUGGCCAUGGUAUCCGCAGAUAUAAUCGAACCAAGUGUAGAUCCAGGCGUGGUACGAGUUAAGGAAAGCACAUCGGAAAGAUAUGUUCCUGAAGUGUUUUAUAGAUACAAAAACAAGUACGGCGUGAAUGUGCAGGAGAGUGCGAAACCCUGUUUUCCGGUGGAAUACCUGUUAGUAAAUGUGACGCACGGUUUCCCACUCAAUCCAAAUCCAUUGUUCGUUUCGCCUACAAGUUUUCCUGUAGAAAACCGGGAUGGGGUGGAGACUCAAAGCUUGAAGAAUUUAUAUAAACACCUUGGGCUCGCAAAUAGUGGCGACGUUCAUGUUAAUUCAGUAUCAGAUUUCCAUCUAUUAACAUUCGUGAAAGGAACUAACGUGUUGGACAUGAACGAUUUUGCGGCACUCGCAAGACUCGCAACAUCACAUGAAGAAAAAGAUGCCCUUCAGUUAUCACAGAGUGCUGGAUGGCAAACGUUGGUGGCUAUUAUGAAGAGCGAAAAUGCGAACCUACCUAAUGGGAAUAAUGGAGGGGGCUCACUUAACAAUAUUGCACAUUCACCAACACCCGCGUGGCAGUAA